AUGUCCACUGAAGAUGUUUCUCCAACGACUUUAUCUACGAAUGGUGCUGAUGAACAGAAAGCGAGACGGAAGAUAACUGGAAGACAAAUACGGACAGUUUUGGUAUCGUCAACUGGAUUUUUCAUGGAUGCAUAUGAUAUUUUUGUUAUCAAUCUUGUCUUGCCAAUGCUUGGUUUUGUUUAUUAUAAAAAUCAAAACAAUACUGUUCCAUCGGAUAUUCAAGGUAUAUUAAAAGGAAUUACCAAUGUGGGAAAUCUCUUUGGUCAAAUUAUCUUUGGUAUUUUGGGUGACAAAAAAGGACGAAAGAGUAUUUAUGGAAUUGAAUUAUUGAUUAUAAUAAUUGCUACACUUGGCUCAGCUAUGGCUGGAUCAGCUGCAACAGGUGUUGGUGUACUUGGAUUUCUUGGAUUUUGGCGAUUUUUAUUAGGAAUUGGUAUUGGUGGAGACUAUCCAAUGUCUGCUACAGUGUCAAGUGAAUGGUCAAGCGAAGGUCGACGUGGACAAAUGCUCGCAUUGACAUUCUCUAUGCAAGGCUGGGGACAAUUUGCUGGUGCUCUAUUCGAUAUAAUUCUUUUAGCAAUUUUUAAACAUCCAAUCGAAUCCGAUCAAAUAAACAUUGAUUAUGUUUGGCGUAUACUCUUUGCACUCGGUAUAUUACCUGCUAUAUGUACAAUUUAUUCUCGAUUUCAUCUUCCAGAAUCAGCACGUUAUGCAGAAAAAGUUCUUCAAGACACAGAAUUAGCUGAAAAAGGCAAAGCCUAUGCACUGGGAAAGAAAAAUCAGGAUUCCAAUGGUACUUCGCCAACACAACGAAUCCUUCCAUCGGAUAAUCCAUCCAAAGAACGACGACAUUUCCGAGAAUUUUGUUCACAUUUUUCACAUUGGUCUAAUUUGAAAAUUCUACUUGGCACUUGUUCAACUUGGUUUCUACUCGAUAUCGCUUUUUACGGUUUGUCACUCAAUCAAUCGAUCGUUCUUUCUGCAAUUGGUUUCGCACCAAAUUCCACUGCCUCACCAUGGGAAGUUCUAUGGAAACAAGCAAUCGGAAAUUUAAUCAUCACUUUCCUUGGUUCAUUGCCAGGCUAUUAUGUCACUGUGUUUACAGUUGAAUAUCUUGGUCGAAAAACAAUUCAAAUCAUUGGUUUUACAAUGGAAAUCAUUUUAUUUACUAUUGUUGCUGCUGCUUUUAAUCCAUUGAAAGAACAUGCUGAAGCUGCAUUUAUUGUUUUGUUUGUUCUCAUACAAUUUUUCUUUCAAUUUGGUGCUAAUGCAACGACAUUCAUUAUUCCUGCCGAAGUUUUUCCAACACGGUUUCGCGCGACGGCUCAUGGUCUUUCCGCUGCAUGUGGAAAAGCAGGUGCGAUUCUCGCGGCAUUUGCAUUUAAUGUUCUAGUCGAUCACGGAGGAAAAAAUGCGUUUCUACCACAAACACUCGGCAUAUUUGCCGGUGUUCAAUUACUUGGUUUAAUUGCAACAAUCUGUCUUAUACCUGAAUCAAAAGGAAAAAAUCUGGAUUAUUUCGAAGGAGUACAAACUUCAAAUCCCGAAAGUACAGUUCAAUCGUAA